AGGCGCGCGCAUCAGGUUGCCUUGACCAUAUAAACCAUCCGGAUUUGGGAAUAAUAAAACGCACAACAAGAACAUAGUGAAAACCGGUGAAGCAAGCCUGCUGCAGAAUGGCCAACACACUGAGACCCUGGUUGAUCCUUGUCGUCCUCGUCCUGGGCGUGCUGGUUAGUCUGGGCACUUUCACGGAUGCCUACUUUACCAAGCCGGUGAGCCCCGACGACAACGCGCCUCCGGAGGAAUGGGCCAGAUACAACACAGCGCUGCGACACUACAUCAACCUCAUCAAUAGACAGAGGUAUGGAAAGAGGUCUGCACCUGAGUCAGCUCUGGGGUGGUUGCUGUUCAGAGAUGAGUCGGAAGUCGAUUUAACACAACGUUCGGGUGGCAGUGAUCUCGGAUAAAUCUGGGUCCCGUCCCACUGGCAUGCUGUUCCACUCAAAUGGUGGGCCUUACAACAACUCAAAUAGGCUGCUUAAUCUCUGUCUCUCUUUCUCACUCUCUCAUUCCAACACAUAAUUGUCUAUUUUUGGUUGUUGACAUAAUUUGUAAUUAAAUUCAACAAUGAAUAAUAAAUAAAUGUGUUAUAAUA